UAAAGUGCAAUACAAAAGGGCUCUCGUUAUCCCUGGAUCUGCCUUUAGCAACCAUCAUUGCCCUCGCCAGAGAUCGAGCCACACAGUUCACGGUGGCCAUUGUUUGAAAGCAUCCGCUUGUCAUGAAGGGUGAACUUCUUGGUGAAGCAUCCAGUCGCCCGAAGUUGAGCACAAGCCCUGCGCCACGUCCUAACAUCAAGAUCCCCUCCGGUCCUUUCAAAAUCAAUGGAACAAGGACGGCGGUCAUACCAACACUUGGACCCAACGAUGCCCUCAUCAUGACCACGCUUCCUCUCUACGAUGAAUCGCGACCUAACGACCCGAGGACAGAAUGUAUCAUCCUACAGAGCGUAAAAGACAAGAUAACGUCGAUGCCGGGGUUUCCUGAGCCCAUUGAUGCACCCAAUCCUAAAAAAUACGUGAUAAAGCCUACCAAAGGGAAGGGUAUGGGUAUGUUCGCGACAGCUGACAUAGACGUCGGGGAGAUCAUAGUGGUCGAGAGGCCACUACUCAUAUCCAUGCGGCGUCUGUACGGUGGGCCAAACAAUUGGCAACAUCCCUACGAAUUCCAGCGUAUAGCGGUAGAAAGAAUGGAAGAACAAGAUCGAGAGGAAUUCUUCGCGUUGCACAACUGCAAAGGUUACACCCGACCCCAUGAAACUGGAAUCUCGGACACCAACGCUGUCGCCUUUGGAGGUUUACCAGGGUAUGACGCUGAUUGCACUGCUGUUUGUAAAGAUAUCUCGAGGGCGAAUCACAGUUGCUCACCAAAUGUCGACUGGGAUUGGCGUCUCGAAUCGUUCACGUUUGAGCUCCGAGCCUGCUGGCCUAUUCUCAAGGGGGAAGAGAUAUUUGGCUCAUAUACCGGCCUAUUCGAACCACGAAUAGAACGACGCAAGUUCCUAUUGGAGAGAUACAACUUCAAGUGUGUUUGCACCUCUUGCUCCUCGGAAUCACCACGGAGUGACGUCAAUCGAAUGGUUUUGAAGAAUGCCACUAAGUCUGCCUGGUGCGAUGGCGACAAGACCCUGAAAGAUUGGGUGAAUAACCCUUCUGCGCCGGACGACCUUAUCAUUGCACGAUGCAUGCCUAUGAUAGCGAUCAUGCUAGAGGAGAAGUUAUUCCGGCCACAUGUCUGGCCAAUCUGGUUCCAGAGAAUCAUAAAGGCAUUUUGUGCAUUAGAAGAUGAGGAGAAUGCAAGGUUCUGGGCGGAGAAAGCGGCCAAGCUGUCUAGAACAGCCAUGAGGAAUGACGCUGGGUGGGAGGCGGUUGCGAAAGCACCGAAGAAUACUGACUGGUGGGGACUUAGAGCCAAGGCGCGCAAUGGAUAUCCUGCUUAGGUUAACCUGGGCACAUUGUGGACUUGUCGCGAUAUGCAGGGUGAUUGCGACGCCAAGAGGCGCCGUAUUCGACAUUCCACCGAUUCGGGGACUCGGUGAUGGGCCAUCGCAAUCAUCCCGACGCUCAUGAUACGAUACGAACCAAUAUCUUCAACGAAGGACCUUCGAGUAUAGUGGUACGACUUGAAGCAGCUGUUUAUAUUUGGACAGAUUAGAAUUUGACGUGCUUCGCUCUGCAUGGGAAGUGAGGCCCGGUCUAUUUAAUCAGCUAACCGCUUGAGUUCUAACCUUGGAGAAUGACGUGUACCGAAUAAUAACAUGCUUUCUAUCCAUUACCUCAACGAAAGAAGCAUUGAAGAAACAGCUCACAGCAAGUUUGCGCCAAGAUAGUGUUUCUAGGGUGAACAGGCGGUGCAUAAACAAUGGGGCUAAGACCACGGUAUCUGCCAGAGG